UGCUCGUUUGUGGUACUUACUGCCGACCCAAGCCUACUCUGUGACACCUGCAAAACUCAAACCGUGGACAACCGUAAUCAAAGUUUGUUAUCGCGUCUCUAAUUUGCCUUUUCCGCCGCGAAGAAGUUGCUUUUCGAACUAUAAUCCGGAGAUUUUAAACUCCUGCCGUUUUCGUUCUCUUAGUGCCGUCACCAUUACGUCGUUCGGACUGAAAGCACUCCAACACUUUCACCCUCGUUUCAGGUUAUCUCUAAUCUUGCCGGCUCAUUUGCACGUAAGUGCGCUUCGCGCUGUUAAUAUCACUGUUUUUAAAAUGGCAGAAAAGAAACCUUUCGAAAGAUUACCAAAAACUGUGAAGCCCUCUCAUUAUGAACUGUUCCUUCAUCCCGAUUUAAAGACAUUAACGUUCGAUGGGAAGGAAACUGUCAAAAUUGAGAUUCUCUCAGCAGUCGACAAAAUUGUGCUUCAUGCUGCAGAUUUGAGUAUCAAAGAUGCGGUUCUGACACUAGCCAAUGGAGAAACUGUUACGUCAGAAGUCUCUUUAACACCUGAGGAUGAGCUUGCCACUUUUUCCUUCCCGAAGAUGCUGCCUCCGGGCCCUGCUUCCUUGUCAUGUUCAUUUGUUGGAGAACUUAAUGAUAAAAUGAAGGGCUUUUACCGCAGUAAAUAUAUCAGUUCUGCCACAAAAGAGGAAACUUAUGCUGCAGUUACUCAAUUUGAAGCAACGGAUGCCAGAAGGUGUUUCCCGUGCUGGGAUGAGCCAGCUGUCAAAGCAAUCUUCAGUAUAACCCUAUGUGUACAACCAAACAGAGUUGCUCUCUCUAACAUGCCAGUGGUCGAAGAGUCGACUGAUGCAAAUGGUAAUAAAGUCCUGAAAUUUGCUCCAACCCCUGUGAUGUCUACUUAUUUAGUUGCUGUGGUUGUCGGUGAAUUCGAUUACAUCGAAGAUAAGUCUGAUGAUGGAGUGCUAGUCAGAGUUUACACUCCAGUUGGGAAGAGUGACCAAGGGAAAUUAGCCCUUCAUAUUGCCACGAAGGUGUUACCGUUCUAUAAGGAAUAUUUCAAAAUUGCAUAUCCGCUUCCCAAAUUGGAUUUGAUUGCAGUCGCCGACUUCUCAGCAGGUGCCAUGGAGAACUGGGGUCUAAUAACAUUCCGGGAAUCCUGCGUGCUAGUAGAUGAAGUUAAUUCAUCCACAUCCACAAGACAGUGGGUCGCCAUAGUUGUAGGCCAUGAAAUUGCCCACCAGUGGUUUGGUAACCUCGUAACGAUGGAGUGGUGGACUGAUCUUUGGCUCAACGAAGGGUAUGCAUCCUUCACCGAAAACUUCUGCGUGGAUCAUUUGUUUCCUGAAAUGGACAUUUGGACGCAGUUUGUGACCAGUGAGCACAUUAAGGCACUCGAGUUAGAUGCUAUGAAAAACAGUCAUCCUAUUGAGGUUCCUAUCGGUCAUCCAUCUGAGAUUGACGAAAUCUUUGACAACAUUUCCUACUAUAAAGGUGCCUCUGUCAUCCGUAUGUUACACAGAUACAUUGGUGAUGAUGAUUUUAGAAAAGGAAUGAAUUUGUACCUAACAAGACAUUCUUACAGCAACACAUUUACAGAAGACCUUUGGUUAGCACUGGAAGAAGCGAGCUCAAAACCUGUGAAAGAUUUAAUGUCAACGUGGACCAAGCAAAUGGGAUUUCCUCUGAUUAACAUUGAAUCUUGUAAGCAGGUCAAUAAUUCUAGGGAAAUUGUGCUUUCUCAGUCAAAAUUCUGCGCGGACGGAUCAAUAGAUGAUCAAAAUAGUCUUUGGUUGGUACCCUUAUCUUUUUCAAAAUCAUCAGCCCCUACAGAAGAAUGCUUCAAAGCUGUUUUGAAAGGUCCGAAGGCAACUUUCACCAUCCCGAACAUAGAAGCUAACGAGUGGAUCAAGUUAAAUCCAGGAACAUAUGGUUUCUACCGGACAAAGUAUCCCCGAGAGUUACUUCAACAAUUUGUUCCAAGCAUCGAGAGUAAAACCUUACCUCCUCUUGAUCGAAUCGGCCUUCUGGACGAUUUGUUUGCCUUGGUGACAAGUGGGAAAGCUUCCACUGUCACUCUUAUGGAGCUGAUACUUGCCAUGAUAAAUGAAGACAAUUACGUUGUCUGGUCUACGAUCAGCAAUUGUCUAGGAAAGAUUUCCGUUCUCAUUUCAAGCACUGAGUUCGAGCUCCAAUAUCAUAAAUUUGGGCGCACUUUACUUUCAAAGAUUUACGAGAAGACUGGUUGGACAAAGAAAGCUAAUGAAAGUCAUCUAGAUACCCUUUUGCGGCCGUUAGUAAUCGGAACUCUUGGUCUGUAUGGUGACGAAAGAGUCAUCGCCGAAGCUAAAAAGAAAUUUGAAGAACACAUCAGUGGUAAAGCCACAAUACCUGCAGAUUUAAGAAGUGCCGUCUACAAGGCUGUUCUGUCAACUGGUGAUGAAACAACGUUCGAAACUUUGCUGAAGUUGUAUCGGAAAGAAGAGUUACAUGAAGAAAAAGAAAGGAUAAGCAACUCUUUGGGUGCAACUAGAAAACCUGAGCUGCUGUCUCGAGCUUUAGAAUUUGCAAUCUCUGAUGAAGUAAGAGCACAGAAUGCUGCGUUUAUAGUUAUUUCCGUUGGAUUGAGAGCAAAAGGAAGGGAGCUUGCUUGGGAAUUCAUCAAGAAUAACUGGAAAACGUUCCAAAAUAUGUAUGAGAAUGGCCCCCUUCUCAUCAGGUUAGUCAACCGAUCCACAGAAAAUUUCGCCAGCGAAGAGAAGGCUCAAGAUGUAGAAAGUUUCUUCAAGGAGAACCCGUGGCCUGGCUUUGAACGAACGAUACAGCAAAGUGUUGAAUCUAUCAGGUUAAAUGCAGCAUGGCUGAAGCGUGAUCGUGAUUCUAUUCAAGAAUACCUUUCCAAGCUGUAAAUGUCUUCAAAAUGAAGUAAUUUAACCAAAAUACCAUCUACCAUGCAGCAAAAAUAAGGACGAUCGUGGAACCUUUUGUACAAAUAAUUAUAAUUACCAUUACCAGAAGAGGUGCGGUGGUGUCAACUUUCCCCCUCCGGAAAAAAUUGUUUUUGCUGUCAUUAACAACUGCAAAAAUUUCCUUUAAAGAGCGAAUCUUUUCAGUGCCUACUAAUUGACUUCAGUGUCUAAAUUUUAAGCUUUAAUCAGAAUCAUGAAUUGAUUUUGAAAAGAACAAUGAGCCAAUCAAUGUCUUGGUUAGCUGUGAAUUGAAUAAACAUUUUUAUAUUCAGUCAAGCAAGUGUAAAUAAUGAUUACCAGAUCAUGCAUGACGAGUCACACGACUCCAACUAUUUUCACAAACUAUUUUCUACAAUUCACUAAAUCUUCAUUGUAAUAUUUUGGAUCAUUUUUUAAUUUGUUACAUGUAGAAAUGUUGAGCUGGGGCUCUUUUUUUUUGGGGGGGGGGGAGAAUCAUGUUAGUUCAUUGUUUGAUUAUUGCCAUAGAGAUCCUCUAGUUUCUGAUUUUAUUGAUCAAGAGUACAAAGCAUGGUUCCUCUUUAAAUCAACUUCUCCCUCUGUGUCCAAUGAAAUUGCUUCUUACAAACGACUAGAAGUUACCAAAGUGAGCCCAAGUUUUCCGUUUAUUUUGGAUUUGUCAGUUUUUUUGUCUUUAGAUGGUUGAGAUUUCGCUUUAAAUGUUAGAGAUGAACAUCUCCUAGGCAAAAUCUCAACUGUAUGGGAUGUAUCAGAGUCAGUGCCGUGUCAUUAUUUUUUUCAACUUUGGGAAAAUAUUCUGAGGAAAGCACGUAAUUCAAUAACAGUUUGCGGUUUAAUUUGCUUUUUUGAAAAUAAACUGUAAAGAUACAGUCCCAAAGAGAUUCAUCAACUUUAAUGACAUUGUCAUGAAGUGGAAACAAGAUGACGCCUCACUCAGAAUAUUAAAUUAUCUUGGAUAUGUUGGCCUAAAUGAAAAAAUGUUUAUUAAAAAAAGUAUAUUGAACUAAUAGACAUACCUUAUCUCAAGAAAUGCCUUCAUUGUUCUGCUCUUAAUUCAAGCGCUGAAUACUUUUAAAAAAAAAAAAAGAAGAAAAAAACUUCAGUCAAAACUGGGAUGUUAUCCUUCUUGGUCUUUACAUCAAGUAUAAAAGUAGAUCAAUUAAGUUUAUCUGCUACAAAACUUUCAACUCAGUUGGUCAUGUAGUUACUUACAGUGGCGUGGCGUGCUUUGCGAUUCAUCGAUUGAUACGCCACUCAAACCUAUGAAAAAAAAUAUCGAUUAUCAGGGUGUUCGCAGCGGACACCUUAGGAAUUGAUUCUUUACCAUAGCUUCAAAAGGCAAGAUAUCGAUAAUCGAUCAUUCACGCCACGCCACUGGUUACUUAAUUUUAUAUCUGUCUAAUUUUAUUUUAAAAAUUCAAUUGUAAAAUGCAGCAGUUCAUUUUUUGUGCCAAAGUAUCCUAAUUUGGCUUGUUCACUUGCACUCAGACAGAAAUCAUCAUUUGUCUUGAGACUGGUCAAUCUUCCACUAAACUCUAAUUUUUAAGUAUUAUCAGGCCUAGGAAAGUCUCACGUGUUUUUUUUGAUGUAACAGUCCCCUAGUGCCACAAAAAAUAGGUACCUACGUUACUUUGUGUGACCAGUGAGAGAGAAGUGGAAAAAAUAAGAUAAAAAAUAUUGUAACAAUCCGAAUGUAUUGCCAUGGAUCAAAGUGCAAAAUGCAUCAAAGGAUCGCUCAAUUGUGCAGAAAGUAGGUCCAAUUCUCUAAUGCUUAACAUUUGGUAUUGCUUAGACCAAAUAUGUAGGUAUGUUAUGCACUGUUGCAUCUACUACUCAUUGUUACGGCUAACAAAUGUGUCCAAAAUAGGAAUAUCAAAGCUCUAAAGCUUUCAAGCGCCUUUGAGAUGGACAUUCUUUCAUUUCCUUUUUCUUUCUCCAAGACUUUUCAAGGAGCCUGUCAUGACAAUCUGCUUGUAUUUUUUUAUCUAUCUGAAAUUGGAUAAAUUACACUAUUUUUAAUUCUUCUUUGGUAGAAUUCCAUUCCUACCAUUGAAAAUGUGUUACCUGCAUAGAUUGUUUGUUGCAAUGUUCAGUAAACAUUGAAUACAGAAUGAUUCCUGCAUAAA